AUGGAUAUAUUCCGCAAACAUGUCGCGGGGAAAAUUAACAGUUCACCGCCAGGGCUCAACACCUAUCGAGAUCUUCACGCGUGGUCAGUUGAUCCUAAAACAGCACCAGAUUUCUGGAGAGAGCUGUUUAUCUUUGAAAACCUGAAGCCCGGAGUGGUGCCGGAGCAAGUCAUUCAGAACAGCCUUGAAGAUGGGUCUUUAUAUCCUCCCCCUCAAUUCUUUCCGACCGUCCGAAUGAACUUCGCCGAACACAUAUUCCAGAACAAACGAGGAUCAGAUGUGGCUAUAUAUGCGUGCGGAGAAGGAGGUUCAAACCUGACCAAAGUGACCUGGUCGCAGCUGAAAGCCCAAACACAAGCCGUCGCAAGUGCCUUAAUUGAGCUUGGGGUUCAAGCUGGAGACCGAGUGGCUGCAAUCAUCUCAAACUGUGUUGAGACCAUCGUCACUUGUUUAGCAACCCUAUCUAUUGGGGCUAUCUGGUCAACGUCGUCUCCCGAUAUGGGGGUGGCCGGCAUCAUGGACCGAUUAACACAGAUACGUCCGAAGGUGGUAUUCUUCGAAACUUCUGUGGUUUACAAUGGCAAGUUGAGAGACCUGAGAGGAAAAGCUGCCGAAUGUAUUGGUGGACUACAGGGCAUGUCUGAGUUUAAGCUCGCUGUCAUUAUUCAGAGAGAUGGGUCGAUGGCACUUCAGCCGAGUACAGUCACAAAAACCUGGGAACAGUUUGUGGCAUCUGGCACAGGACGGGAACUUACCUUUGCCCAACUUCCCUUCAGUCAUCCCGGAUUUAUCGUGUAUUCUUCCGGAACGACUGGCUCGCCAAAAUGCAUUGUGCAUAGUGCUUGCGGACUUCUCAUGCAAGUCAAGAAAGACUACAUGCUUCAUCUGGAUGUCAAGCCAGGUGACAUUGUCUACCAGUACACAACGACUGGUUGGAUCAUGUGGGCCAUGGUUCUCUGCGGGUUAUCCUAUGGAGGUAGCAUCGUUAUUUAUGACGGGUCACCAUUCGUGCCAGACCCGAUGGUUACAUUGCGCUUAGCCUCUCAGCUAAAGGUCUCACUGUUCGGCACUUCAGCUCGAUUUCUAUCCGACUUGAAGAGGAUGAAUGUGAAGCCUAGGGAUAUGGUCGAUCUAUCGUCUCUAAGAACGGUGACGUCAACAGGAUCAGUCCUAGAAACUGACGUCUGCGAGUGGUUCUACGACCAUGCAUUUCCACCCAACGUUCAUCUCAUCUCCAGCAGUGGCGGGACCGAUUUGGCGUGUGCUCUCAUUGGAGGCGAUCCGACGUCUCCGCUUUAUGCAGGCGAAAUCCAGGUGCCAGCACUCGGCAUGGCUGUCGACGUUUUUGACUCAUCAUCUGAUUCUCAUACAUCAAUUCAAUCCACAGGAGACCCAGGUGAGCUCGUCUGUCGACAGCCGUUUCCCAGUCAGCCGGUUCAGUUUUGGGGACCUGGCGGUGAAGAGAAGUAUAAAUCGGCAUAUUUCGACCGUUAUGGACCGAAUGUCUGGCACCAGGGCGACUUUGUUUCUGUCCUGCCAUCUACUGGGGGAUACACAAUGCUUGGAAGAUCGGAUGGUGUUCUUAACCCGUCCGGCGUUCGUUUUGGCUCCGCGGAGAUUUACAGCGUUACUUCGAAGAUUUCACAGUUCGAAGAUACAAUCUGUAUCGGACAGCGCCGCCCCAGCGACCGCGACGAAACAGUACUGCUAUUCGUCAAAAUGAAGGAUAAAGUAUUGGGCCUCACACCAGAUCUCAUUGCAUCCACGAAGGCAGCUAUCCGCUCCGCGUUGAGUCCUCGUCAUGUACCAAAAUUCAUUUUCCAGGUCGACGACAUCCCAUACACAGUCAAUGGGAAGAAAAUAGAGCUGGCGGUCAAGCAAAUCGUCUCCGGGAAAAAAGUCACGCCUUCAGGCUCUGUGGCAAAUCCGGAGAGUUUGAAGCAGUUUGCUCGUUUCUUGGACCUAGAAGGUGCCGUGGCUAUUGAAGAGUCGAGGGUUAGCAAAAUAUGA